CUUUGCCCUUGUCUUUUAGCUUGAUCCAAGAUUCAUUCAGCCCUUUUUGGUAGAGUGUCGACAAACUGUUGCCAAACUGGAUAAUCAGAACAUGAAAGCCAUUAAAGGACUUGAAGACAGGCUUUAUGCACUGGACCAGAUGAUAGCUAGCUGCAGCCGAUUGGUAAAUGAACAAAAAGAACUUGCUCAGGGAUUUUUAGCUAAUCAGAAGAGAGCUGAAAACUUGAAAGAUACUUCUGUGCUACCUGAUUUGUGCCUGAGUCAUGCAAAUCAGUUGAUGAUUAUGUUGAAUAAUCAUAGAAAACUGUUGGAUAUUAAACAGAAAUGUACCACUGCCAAACAAGAACUUGCAAAUAAUCUACAAGUCAGAUUGAAGUGGUGUUGCUUUGUUAUGCUUCAUGCUGACAAAGAAGGAGAGAAGCUACAAGCUUUGCUUCGCCUUGUAACAGAGCUGCUAGAACGAGUCAAGAUUGUAGAAGCUCUUAGUACAGUACCACAGAUGUACUGCUUAGCUGUUGUUGAAGUUGUAAGAAGAAAAAUGUUCAUAAAACACUACAGGGAGUGGGCUGGUGCUUUAAUCAAUGAUGGAAAACAUUUAUAUGAAGCUGAAAAGUCAAAAAGGGAAUCUUUUGGAAAAUUGUUUAGGAAAUCUUUUUUAAGAAAUCGUCUGUUUAGGGGACUUGACUCCUGGCCUCCUUCUUUUUGU